UUGGCCAAAAAUUGGCCCGGCCGGGUCGUUUCAGAAUCGGGGUCAGGAUUUGUUGAUUCAGCCAUGGCAACCUAUGCGCGAAGUGUUCGUCUGGGCGUGCUAGUAGCCGUCUUAGCGGUUAGUUUCUUUGCAGACCGCCCUGCUGCAGCCCUCGUCGGGCUUCGUGUACAGCUGUGGGAGUGCUCCUUACAUCUAGCCGAUGAUGCGUGGGUGGUUAUUUCGGAGCCGUACCCCAACCAGCGCAUUGCCCGUGCCAGCAAUAAAUCCUUGGUUCUCGACAUCGACCAUUGGCUGAAUACGAGUGGAGCUGCGCUGCAACUCUACAGGCCUAAUCCUUUUUCUCGUGCGUACAAUCAGCAGUUCAAGUACGAUAAAAACACGUCUCGAAUUGUGAGUCUCAUGAAUGGUCACUGUGUUACUGCGCAGCAGUAUCUGGCCGGAGCCAGUGUGGUCAUGGAUACAUGCAGGCAAGCACAAGACCAGAUGCAGCAGUGGACGUACGAUAUAGAGUCGGGACAGAUACGCCUGUCUUCUACUCCAGCAUUGUGCCUGGAUGCUGGCUCCACUGCAAACUGCUCCCUAGCGCCAUUCAGUUCAUAUGCGUACUGCAAUUCGGCCGCGUCCGUUGUAGAUAGAAUCAACGACCUGGCACCUCGACUCACAGUUGAUGAAAAGGCCCAGUUCUUAGUGGCAAAAGGUCACACAAACGGAGGUGUCCCUCGCCUGGGAGUACCGGCGUUUCUAUAUGGUGAAAGCCUUCAUGGAGUGAACUGUCAAUGUGGAGAUGCUGCCCCAGGGUCUACUGGCUGUCCAACCUCAUUCCCACAUGCUCUGGGACUGGCAGCAACAUUCAAUCGUACACUAUGGACAAAGGUUGGUGAGACAAUCGCAACAGAGGGCAGAGCAUUGCAUAACCAGGGAAAGAUAGGUCUGUCCAUGUGGGCUCCCGAUAUCAACUUGUUCCGGGAUCCCCGCUGGGGAAGAGGACAAGAAGUUCCAGGAGAGGAUCCAUACUUAUCUGCAGAGUAUGUUGCACACUAUUCACGUGCUUUGCAAGAAGGUGAAGACCCUCGCUAUCUCAAACUCAUCUCCUCCUGUAAACACUUCAGUGCCUACGAUCUAGAAAAUUGGGGAGGCGUGACACGUCACGCAUUCAAUGCUAUCGUCAGUGAGCAAGACUUAGUGGAGUACUACUGGGUACCGUUCCGCUCUUGUGUCGAGCGUGCUCAUGCCAAGUCCAUCAUGUGUUCUUACAAUGCCGUGAACGGGAUACCAAGCUGCGCCAAUUCUCUCUUCCAGAAUGAGAUUGUCCGUGAAGAGUGGGGAUUUGAUGGAUUUUUUGUCAGUGACUGUGGCGCCAUUGGCAAUAUCUACGCUAAUCACAAAUACACAAACUCCUCUGAAACAGCUGCGGCUGCCGGCCUCAACGGAGGCACGGACACAAACUGUGGCGCAGCGUACCAGAAGUUUCUGGCAGAUGCAGUGAAUGAUGGCUAUGCAACGGAGGCACAGCUUGACGUGUCUGUUCACCGUGUGAUGGAGUACAUGUUUCGCCUUGGUUACAUGGACCCAGCGGAGGACCAACCCUAUAAGAGGCUCGGUCCAAGUGAUGUUGAUACACAUGAUCAUCGCCAAAUUGCCUUGGAGGCAGCUCAUCAGAUGGUCGUCUUGCUGAAGAAUGACAAAAACCUGCUGCCUCUGUCCAUGAACAAGAUCAAGUCCAUUGCACUGAUUGGUCCGCAGGCAAAUGCUACACAAGAUCUGCUGAGUAACUACCAUGGCCAGAACACUCUGGUAGAGGCACACUCCAUCCUAGCUGGAGUCACUACGCUAGCUAGUCAAUCCAUCAAGAUCAACUUUGUUCCGGGACUCACACGCACAUCAUCUAACGACACCUCCAAGUUUAACGAUGUGUCUGCAGCUGCCAAGAGCAGUGAUGUGGCCGUGGUGUGUGUUGGCCUGACCGAAUCACAAGAGUCCGAAGGACAUGAUCGCGUGGAUCUACUUCUCCCCGGUGCUCAGCAAGAAUUAGUUGACACUGUUCUCAAAGUACAGCCGAACACUGUUGUCGUGUUGAUCAAUGGAGGACCAUUAGCCAUUGACUCCAUCAAAGAGAAUGUUCCGGCAAUCCUGGAAGCCUUCUAUCCCGGAGAACUUGGUGGAGAUGCUGUUGCUGAUGUUCUCUUUGGCAAAGUGAACCCGUCAGGACGCCUACCAACCACUGUGUACCCAGCUAGCUACACUGAUAGAAGCUAUUUUGAUAUGAACCUGCGAGGCAAUGGUGGCUGUACCUAUCUACAUUAUACUGGAGAUGCACUUUGGGAGUUUGGAUUUGGUUUGUCCUACACAACAUUUAGCUACAGUUGGGAGAGUGGCAGCAUUGGCGAGUCAGUCAUCCAUGUUGAUACGUCAACAGCAGCAUCAGUAGGAGAUACACCACUGAUGUACACAGUUGUUGUGAAGAAUACAGGAGAUGUAGCUGGAGCGGACAGUGUGUUGGGAUUCCUGAAGUCGAGCAAUCAAUCGGAUGCACCAAUUCGUGAACUGUUUGACUUUGGUCGUGUGUAUCUGCAGGCUGGAGAAUCAGCAACUGUGCAUUUGACAGUUUCUCCUCAGACAUUGUCCUUGACAGAUCGUGAGGGAGUACAAAGUAUUCACAGAGGAAAAUAUAGUGUAGAAGUAGGAGAUCUGAGAGGGAAAUUCAUCGUUGAUGGUGAUGAAGUGGAACUGUUCAAUUAUCCUCGUAUCAAGCAACGGCAUGAGCAACAGAUGCAAAAUUGACCGUGGGUCUAGUCUUGAUACUGGAAUGCAGGUCAAUCCAUCCAUAUAUUAUUUAUUCCCUAUUUCGUGUACACUUCUUCUGCUGAUCAAAUGAACUCUUCUUUCUGCUUGUUCCUUCGCUCACUUUGGAUGAGCAGGUGCACAUUUUGUAUCACUAUACCUAUGCCCGUUGCACCCUCGUGCAUCAUUACUCCAAAUAUCAUGCUCCCCCCCCCCCCCACAAUGAUUUUUUCAAAGAAUCUCGA